AUGAAUGUACUCAAACUUCAACGAAAGUAUCCACACUUUGAUCAGAGCGAAAUCUUCUCUUUUCAGGAUGCAUUUAGGAAGUUAGAUCCAGAUGACAAAGGCUAUUUGGAUGAGGCUAGUGUUAUCAAAGCUACCCAACAAUCUGAGCGACAACCAUAUGAUGUGGUGCGCCAAGCUCUAAAAGAGGUUGAGCUUGAUAGCUCACGUCGGGUGGAGCUUGAAGACUAUGUGGAUCUUAUUUCCAAACUCCGCUCGGUCUCGUUACAGAGCAAGCCGUCUGGUCCUACUCACGCUGCCCAAGGAAACGGAGCAGGCCCGUCUAAGCACGUUUCCAAGGGUAGUGUUGGUGGUAAAAUUCAGGUCCAGGGUUCUUCCGCAAAUGUCACACAUACAAUCAACGAAGAUGAAAGAACCGAGUUCACAAGGCACAUUAAUGCUAUUCUUGCUGGCGAUCCAGAUAUUGGCCAUCUUUUGCCGUUCCCAACAGACACCUUCGAAAUGUUCGAUGAAUGCAAAGAUGGAUUGGUAUUGGCGAAGUUGAUCAACGAUAGCGUUCCUGAUACUAUUGAUGAACGUGUCCUGAAUAAGGCCGGGAAAAAGAUCAAGCAACUUAAUGCUUUUCACAUGACUGAAAACAACAACAUCGUUAUCAACUCGGCUAAGGGCAUUGGUUGUUCAGUUGUGAACAUCGGAAGUGGCGAUAUCAUCGAGGUUCGCGAACACCUUAUUCUUGGCCUCAUUUGGCAAAUCAUCCGCCGGGGUCUCUUGGGCAAGAUCGACAUCAAACUCCAUCCAGAGUUGUAUAGACUGCUGGAAGAGGACGAGACCCUGGAACAAUUUUUACGUUUGCCUCCAGAGCAGAUACUGCUUCGUUGGUUCAAUUAUCAUCUGAAAAACGCCAAAUGGGAUAAAAGGGUGACGAACUUCUCCACCGACGUGAAGGAUGGCGAAAAUUACACAGUUCUCCUCAACCAAUUGGCGCCUGAUCUUUGCUCGCGAGGGCCGCUCCAAGUUCAAGACCGACUCCAACGGGCCGAGCAGGUUCUGACGAACGCUGACAAGUUAGGUUGCAGGAAGUUUUUGACUCCAACCUCGCUUGUUGCCGGGAAUCCAAAACUCAAUCUUGCAUUCGUUGCGAACUUGUUCAAUACCUGUCCAGGUCUUGAUCCGAUCACUGAAGAAGAAAAGCUUGAAGUUGAAGACUUUGAUGCUGAAGGUGAAAGAGAGGCCAGAGUUUUCACCCUCUGGUUAAAUUCUUUGGAUGUUCAGCCAGCUGUGAAUUCAUUGUUUGACGAUCUCCAGAACGGGACCGUCCUGCUGCAGGCAUACGAUAAAGUGAUUCCCGGUAGUGUCAACUGGAGGCAUGUGAAUAAGCCACCUGCGUCUGGCGGAGAUAUGAUGCGAUUCAAAGCUGUCGAAAACACAAACUACGCUAUCGAACUUGGGAAGCAUAUUGGCUUCUCCCUUGUCGGCGUUCAGGGUGCCGAUAUUACCGAUGGUCAGCGAACAUUGACUCUGGGAUUGGUGUGGCAAUUGAUGCGAAAAGAUAUUACCAACACACUUUCAUCCUUGGCGCAACGAAUGGGCAAACAUGAAAUUACAGACAUGGAAAUGAUUCGAUGGGCAAACGACAUGUCUCGAAAGGGAGGCAAAGCAUCAACCAUCCGUAGUUUCAAGGAUAAGUCUAUUGGAUCCGGUCUCUUCUUGCUUGAUGUGCUGAGCGGCAUGAAGAGCAGUUAUGUUGAUUAUGAUCUCGUCACUCCUGGCCGGACUGAUGAGGAAGCAUAUGCAAAUGCUAAACUGAGCAUCAGUAUUGCAAGAAAGCUGGGUGCCACGAUCUGGCUUGUUCCUGAGGAUAUCUGUCAGGUCCGCUCUCGUCUAGUGACCACGUUUAUUGGUUCUUUGAUGGCUACAUACGAGAGCAUGCAGUGA